AUGUCGAGCACAGCGACACAGACCCAAGAACCCAUUGAGCUCACGACUCUAGAAGGAUGUCACGUCCGCGGUAAGGAACUCGAAGAACAACCUUCGCUCCCACCGGAUGAUAUACCCCCGCCGUAUGCGUCGGCGCAGGUGCAGAGAUGGAAUUAUCCUAGGGGAAAUAUAGCGAAGCUUGCUUUUGCGUUUUUGUCGUUCAUCAUUGCGGGGAUGAAUGAUGCGGCUGCUUUGAUCCCAUAUCUCGAAACAUACUAUGACCUCAGCUACACCAUCAUCUCUCUCAUCUUCCUCACCCCCUUCGCAGGCUACUCCGUCGCCGCAUUCACCAACGCCCGCAUCCACAUGAAAUAUGGCCAACGUGGCGUCGCCAUCAUGGCGCCAAUCUGCCACCUCAUAACCUUCAUCGCCCUCGCCCUGCAUCCUCCCUAUCCCGUCCUUGUAGUCUGCAACAUCAUGAGCGGUUUCGGAAACGGACUCACAGACGCGUGUUUCUGCGCUUGGGUCGGAGCCAUGGAUAAAGCGAAUACCGUGCAGGGCUUCUUACAUGCUUUUUACUCGUUUGGCGCUUUAUUUUCGCCGCUUAUUGCGACGAGUAUGGUUGUUUCGGCGGGGUUGCCUUGGUAUACGUUUUAUUACGUUAUGAUUGGCAUUUCUGUGGUGGAGUGGGUUGGUUUGACUGUUUCGUUCUGGCAGCAGACUGGGGCUGUUUAUCAGGCUGAACAUGCUGCGAACAACUCGGAGGGUAGUGGUGCUGGAACAAGAGAGGCGCUCAAGUCCAAGGUUACGUGGCUUUGUGCAUUGUUCUUCUUUGCAUACAUGGGUGUCGAAGUCGGUCUUGGUGGAUGGGUCGUCACAUUCAUGCUCCGCGUCCGAAAAGCUUCAGCCUAUGCCUCGGGUGCUUCAGGUACUGGCUUCUGGGCCGGUAUGGCUCUCGGGCGUGCGUGUCUUGGUUUCGUAACUGAGCGAUUCGGCGAGAGACUCUGUCUUACGAUCUAUCUCCUCAUCUGCAUUGGUCUCCAACUCCUCUUCUGGCUCGUGCCAAAAUUCAUCGUCUCAGCCGUUGCGGUCGCUUUUCUCGGCUUCUUCCUUGGCCCCUUAUUCCCAGGAGCCGUUAUGGUCACAGCCAAACUUCUGCCCGCUAAGAUCCACGUUUCUGCUAUCGGAUUCGCAAUGGCGAUCGGUGGUACCGGCGGAACGGUGUUUCCAUUCGCCAUUGGUGCUAUCGCUAACCAUAAGGGUGUUGGUGUUUUGCAGCCUAUCAUUCUUGCGUUGAUUACGGUUGUUGCCGGUGUUUGGUUGAGCUUCCCCAGGAUCAAGAAGAAGGAUUAG